CAUUCUCUGACGAAUCAAUGCUUUCAAUUUUCACUCUCUUCUGGCUGUUCCUUGAGCUGUCUUUUUAGUUCAUUUUUUUCUGUUUUUUACUUUUCUUUUUCUUCACUCUUGGUGAAAUUGAAGUUUUGGUUGUUGAUCUGUGAUGAACAGAAACGGUGAUUCUGGAUCGAGGAGUUAGGGUUUUGAUUGAGAGCGAUAGGGAGAGGGAAGAUCGCGACAAGGAGGAUCGACAAUUCCACGAGCAGGCAAGUGACGUUCUCGAAGCGAAGGAACGGUUUGUUGAAGAAGGCGAAGGAGCUUGCGAUUUUGUGCGAUGCUGAGGUUGGAGUUAUGAUCUUUUCCAGCACUAACUCUAUGAUUUCUCCAGUACCAGCUGCUCAAGACUCAGAAAAAGGCAAGGGCUGGAAGCGAUUUGAGUUUGACAAGGAUGUGCCUCUUGAAGAUGAGGAAAUUGAAGUGGCUGAAGAUGAUGCUUCCUUGGUCAAGCAAAUUGGCCAGAGUUUUCGGUAUUCUAAAAUAGUGGCAAGAAGGGAGGAACAAAUCCAAGCUGCUCAUGACGAAGCCAUGUUUGGUGCUUCAGUUAAGGAACACUGCUAUCAAUUAGGUGAACAUUCCCGCAUUAGCAAUCUCAGGCUAUCCGUUAGGCGGUUAGUCGAAACCCACAAGGUUAUGCGUGACUCCAACAACGACAGGGGUGACGGAUCUGCAGCGAGGCAACGGCAGCAACGAGUUGAACGAUCGGAACCUUCAGCGGCAGCAAUGGGAUCCAGAGCGGUGCAGCGGCAGCGCUGA